CCACUUCCUCUCGCCUCACUUUGCCACCCACAUGAGCUAUCCCUCACGCUCGCCACCGAAUAGGGCGUACUCGCCCUCGGGCCCUGUGCACAGGUCGCGCUCCCGGUCGCACUCCCCGCGGCGGUACGACGACCGUCGUCCACCCCGGCGCGAGUAUGACCGUGAUCGAGAAUUCGAUGAUCGGGUGCCUCCCCCGCGCGACCGCGACCGCGAUGAGCGUGUCCCUCCCCCCCGCCACCGCGAUCGCGACUACUACGACGAUCGCCCGCGCCGGGACCACGACAGCCGUGAGCGCGACUACGGCGCUCCGCGCCGGGAUGAUCGUGAUCGCAGAGACUACGACCGCGCACCGAGGGGCCGCUUCGAUGACUCGCGCGCCAAAUCCGAUCCUAGUCGCGACGUCAUCUUUCUCGGCCUCGACCCCGAGCUGACGGAGAAGGAGCUCGAGGGAUAUCUCCGUGUCGAGCAUGGCUACGACGUUGAGAGCUCCAAGAUCGUGCGAGAGCGCGCGACGGGUCAGUCCAAGGGCUUUGGAUUCGCGCAGUUCUCAACACUCGAGCAGUCCACGCGCUUCAUGAAGGACAACUUCCCACACGUCACCAUGCCUGCGCUCUUCGCUCACAGCGAGCCGCGCCGCGUCAAGAUCGACUUCGCCGGUUCGCGGCUGGAUGACGCGCCAACCCCCGUACCUCAGCUCGGCGCGCGUCAUGACGGCACCCGCGACAUCGGGCAGCCUGGCGGGGGCAGCCGCGUGCUCCUCCUUCGUGGCUUGGAUCCAGGGACGUACGCCGGCGAGGUUGUGCGCCGUCUAGCAGAGGAGAUCACGCGCAUGCUCGGGAAGGGCACUCAGCGCGAUGCCGAGGCGUGCAUCUCGCGCGUGGUCAUGAUUGUCGACAGAGCCUCUGCCAUUUCGUGGGGCUUCGCCUUCGUUGAGCUCGUAACUCCGGAGCUUGCGAGCGCGCUCAUGCCUUUCCUCUUUCUUCCACAGCACCAGCCUACGGGCUUUUUGAUCUCAGGCGUGCCGAUCGCUGCGUCGUUUGCCAAUGUGAACGCGUUCAUCCCCACGCCAUGUGGACCGAUGGGUGGCCAGUUCCUCCUCCGAGCGGCUGCCGACGGUGGCAUUGGCGCGACCACCAUCACCUCGCCCGAUGGCGAGUAUUGCACUUACUGGCAUCAGCAGGCUGGCGCCGUCGAGACUCUCCCGCGCGGCGCGCCUCCCGUACCUGCACGCGGCGCUUCCAUCGAGCUCAGCGACGAGACCCGGCGUUUCCUGGGCAACCUGGGUGGCAAGUGGAAGCCUCCAAAGGCGGCUGCUUCUGCCAGCGGUGUAGUGAACUCGCCCACCGAGUCAUCGACCUCUGCGCAGGCUGCUGAGACGCCCACCGGCCCUCUCGUCGGAGGCAUGCAGCCCAUCAAGAUCGGCUUUGGCAAUGCGAUCAAGAAGAAGCCCAAGGAGGAGCCUGUGAUGGUCGAGAUUAUGUCCAAGGCCCUUGUCGACGAUAAUGAUGAGGUCGAUCUCGUGGGCAAGGACUCGACACUGCCUUCAAGGACCAAAGGCGCGCACAUCGUCCCCCCCACUUCGACCAGCCGGAAGGUCGCAGGCUUCAUUAACAAGUGGAACACCAAGCAAACCGAGCUCUCCAAGCCACGGCAACCCAAGGCACCUGGCGCCCCUCCGGCUGGAGUAUCUGCGGCUAACGCAGCGCCACUGGCUCAAGUACCGGUUCCAGCCCCACAUCAGGCGCAGCCGCAGCCCUCAAGCAACAGCGAUUUCGACUACGGCGACACCUACAACUUUGCCGCAACUGGCAAAGUGGCGUGUCUGCUGUGCCAGCGACAGUUCAAGUCCGAGGAAAUGCUGCGCAAGCACAACGCGCAGUCAGAACUACACAAGGCUCGCACUUCCAUUCCUGAACCGCAGGCCGGCAAGCGGCGCAAGAAUAAUGCUGUCGCCGCCCAGACUGGCUCCAACCUACAGUUCCGCGAUCGCGCCGCCGAGCGCCGAGAGGUCCACCAACAGCCUGACCGUCCAGCGCUGCCCCCAGACGCGCGCCUCGCUGCAGGUAGCCGAGAGGCAGCCCCCGCCCCUGCACUAAAGCCCAUCGCCCCGGCGGAGAAUGUCGGCAACAAGCUCCUCGCCAAGAUGGGCUGGACGGGUGGGACAGGUCUCGGCGUGAACGAGGACGGGCGCGCCGAGCCUGUGCGCGUGCAGCAGUUUGAGCAGCGCGCUGGGUUGGGCGCAGCGGCUGGGCGUGACCCAGGACGCUGGUCAGGUCCAGGUGGCUGGCAGAGGCGCGCGCAGGACAUGACUCAGGAGCGUUUCCAGGCUGCCGAUCGCCAGAAUCAGAGCCAGAACCAGGUCCAUAACCAGAAUCAGAGCUAACGUCGUCUUCUUCUUGUAAUGUAUCACAGUGUCUGCAUCGGCA